AGUCAGUCGGUGUGAGUGCGUAAGCCAUGUUGGAUGUGAAUGAACGGGAGGAGAGAUGCUGCUGCCGCGCCGCUCCUAACGCUCACACCUCCAGCUCCACGGACCACAGCGGGUAGAUGCCAACUCUCCGGGCCGACGGAGAGACGGGGGAGCCUGGGGGAAGGUGUCGGGCGGUGCCGGCGGCGCUGGAACUGGCCACCUAGCCGGAGCGAGGGAGAGAGAGAAGUCGGGGGAAGACGCGCUCGAGAGAGAAAGAGAGAGAGAGAGAAAAGGCAGAGGUGGAAGAGGGAGAAAGGAGGGGAGAGACAGAGAAAGGAAGAGACUAAAUGGCUGCACCGCUACCGGGCUUCACCCCGCUCCUGCUCUCUUCUCUGGCACUCCACCUGCUUCUCCUCGGCCCUUUGUUCGCCCUCACCCCGGGGACGGUGCAUACAGGAGGGGCUUCCAACCGAUGGACCCCGGCCCUCUGCGACCGAGACGCCGGUAAAGUGAGCCAGCAGCGGCAGCGGCAGCGGUGCGAGGAAGCAGGGGAGGCGCCGAGGGGCAGCUGGAAUCUACGCCCAAGCAGGUGGACCGGAGAGCGGAUACAGACCGAGGGAUGCUCUGGAGUGCAGCGCGCAGGGGGGACGCCGGGAGGAAAUCACCAGGAUGGGGCGAGGGGGACACGGAAGGAGAGACUGAAAGGAGUCGGGACGUUUUGGCGGAGUGGAAGCGGCCCACCAUCACCUCCUCCUCCUCCUCCUCCUCCUCUCCACCCAGGUACUAGGAGCAGGUCGAGCUCUGAUGGCGUCGGCGGAGGGGAGGGAGCGGAGAGAGGGAGGAUGAGGAGGAAGGGCGUUGUUUCUCCUCACUCUUCACCUGCCUUCACCUCCUCGCCGGUACAAAGCGGCAAAAAACGGGCAGUACAAAGGACUAGAGCGUGCGCGCAACGGUGGCCGGCGUCGAGGCCACACCUCGCCAAACGUGGCGCCGCCAGCGCCUUUGUGCACGCCUCUGGCCUGCGGAGGGCACCCGGAAGUGGAGGGAAGAGAGGGGGAGAGGUGCGGGAGAGGGCUCCUAAGGUGAGGAGGCUUUCUGCCGCACGGUGCUCCCUGACACCCGGGCAUCCCUGCUGGUCAAGCCCCUGCAAACAAGCCCUCUCCCCGGCCCGUCACCCCUCACCUGGCCGCUCGCCAACCGGUUGCUCUCCUUGCAUUCAUUUUCCUUCUGGAUACAAUUCGCCCUCACUCCACACCCUCAGAUUUCAUCCCCGUUUCACCAACAAUUCAGACUGUAUCCAGGGAUCCAAAUUGGACUACAUUUGUCAUUUUUCAACAUGUGAUUCCUCCGAGACCGGCCACACAGACACAAUCCAUCCAUGUCGCCAGGUUUGGGGUGCUGAUGGGGGCUCGGCCAGCGUGGACAGGAGGCCUGGUAAUUGUUCUCAUUUGGGCAGGCACAAUGUUAUCGAUCCCAGCAGCGUCACGGAGGGGGGUGAUGAUAGCUGUUUGAGUGGUUGGAAAAGGGGGCUGAGGAGUGUAGGAGACGAGGAGGAGGAAGUGAUUAACCCCGGAACCGGAGCGCACCUAGGUGGUUAUGGACCCCCUGUUAGUGAUGAUAACGACAGAGUUUUGGAUAAAGAGAGGGAGGAGGGGGGAGAGGGAAAGGAUGGAGGAGGAGGAGAGAUGAAACAAGGCUACAAACACAUUAAUUCAUCUAAUUAUCCGGAUAAUGAUUUGGCGUUUCAGAUUCUGACGCUCUUGUGCAGGGCUGGUAAUGAGAUUCAGCAGGGGAAAUCAGCACCGGCAACCAGAGGGCAGAGCAGGCAAACCCGGGGAGAAAGCAGGGAGGUUCCCGGUGGUCGCUUUGGCUGUUUGGACAGAGUGGGGGAUGGAUAUUUAGCCGAGUUUAUGGUCCCGGAGGGAGACAUAACUCGGAGGAAUCCCCCCAUCCAAUUUCCCCCGAGCAGCAUCACGGAGACGCGCGGCCAACAUUUUCUGUCUCGCAAAAGCGCAAUUCCUGAAGUCACGUCAAAUUAUCCUGGCGCGGCGCUCAUUACGCCCCCUCAAACACACACAGGCGACUGUGCAAAAAGCGGAAAAGUAUCCAAACGGCUCCGUCUAUCUGCUGAGAGGGUGAACGCAACUUCCGAGACACAGUCUGCCGGUGACUCAGGCUUUUUCUCGCCUGCCGAGUCUCCCGGCGUUGUGUCGGCCGCGUCUCGCUCCGCAACAGCCAAACACCUCUCGCUUGUCUCGGAAAUGAACCGGACCACAUGGCGGGUCGACGCUCGCUCUGUGCGCUCGCCCUCCGUGAAGGACGUGAGAUCAGCACGGUGGACAGCUCCCCUGGACACCGAGCGCGUGUUUGUGUGGCGCACGCUCCACGCCAACAGUAACAACAACAACAACAACAACAACCAGGAGGAGGGAAGCAAGGAGGCGGACGGAUUCGGUCGCGAAUCUGAGGUAGAAAAUUCGCCUUGGCACGGUCAGACACAGCAGCAGGACCUGUGGGAGAGCGCGCUGCGAGAGAUGCUCCGCGCGGGGUGCGCUGACAGCCGCUCCCCCGACUGCUCUGAGCGCGCGCAUAUGCAAUUAAAACCCAGUAAGCAAGUGCCAUUAGAGCCCGGAGGUGUCAGACACUUAGAUAGGCGGCAGAUGGGGGCCGAGGGAGACAGAGAGAGUGAUGCAGGGAGGGAGGGAGAGGGCUUGGAGGGGUCCGCCGCUGUUGCUGCGGCUGUUGGGGGAGGGAAAUUACAGGUGGGGGUGGGCGAGCGAGAGGCGCGGCUGAUGGGAGGGAGAGAACCGGGGGGAGAAGGGCAAGAGGAGGAGGUGCGGGUGAGGGCGAAGGGAAUAACAAAGGCGAGCCAGGCAGAGGAGAGAGAGGCAGAGGGAGGGAAGGGUCAGGGUAGGGCCAGUAGCAGCACCACCAUCACACAGCCUAAUAGUGGUACAGGGAGGAAAGAGAGCCCGGCGGAUGAGAGCCAUGAGGGAGGAGAGGGGGAUGAGAGGGAGGGGGAGGAGGAGGAGGAGGAGGAGGAGAGGCACGGCAUAAGGGGAGAGAGGAGUCUGGAACGGCUGAUAAUAGUAGCAGAUGAUGAAACCUCACAGGGAGAAAGGGGGAGGAAGAUUUUGAUGCCUUGGCCUCGCUCUCGACGUGCAGCCAACAGACACCCCCAUUUCUCCCAGUAUAACUACCAGGUCCAGGUAGCUGAGAACCAGCCCCCUGGCACCUCGGUCAUUGUCAUGUCUGCCUCAGACCCAGAUGCAGGAGAUGCAGGCAGGUUGACCUACUCCAUAGCCCCACUGAUGAACAGUCGAUCGUCCGAUUACUUCCACAUCCACCCAGACACCGGUCUCAUCACCACCACUCAGAUUCUAGACAGAGAACACAUGGAUUUACAUUACUUCCGGGUUACAGCCACAGAUUUUGGUUCCUCCCGCCUUUCUGGCACCACAAUGGUGGCCAUUACAGUUUCAGACCGGAAUGAUCACUCUCCUAUAUUUGAGCAGGUAGAAUACAGGGAGACGAUCAGGGAGAACGUAGAGGAGGGAUAUCCUAUCUUACAGCUUAGAGCCACAGACCUGGACUCCCCAUCCAAUGCCAAUAUCCGUUAUCGCUUUGUCGGUGACUCAGCUGCAAUAGCGAGAGCAGCCUUUGAGAUUGACCCGCGCUCUGGCCUCAUCACGACCCGUGGAGCAGUGGACCGGGAAACAAACGAGCACUACACUCUGCAGGUGGAGGCAAGUGACCAGGGGAAGGAGCCGGGGCCACGCUCGGCCACUGUUAAAGUUUUCAUCACUGUUCUGGAUGAAAAUGACAACGUGCCACAGUUCAGUGAGAAGCGCUACGUGGUGGCAGUGAAGGAGGAUGUGCGGCCUCACUCCGAGAUCCUCCGUGUAAGCGCCACAGACCGAGACAAGGACAGUAACGCUGCCGUUCACUACAACAUCAUCAGCGGUAACAGCCGUGGACAGUUUUCCAUUGACAGUGUCACUGGGGAGAUCCAGGUUGUGGCACCACUGGACUAUGAGGCCGAACGGGAGUACACGCUCCGCGUUCGAGCGCAGGACAAUGGCCGACCACCUCUCUCCAACAACACUGGUAUCGUCAGUGUGCAGGUGACGGAUGUGAACGACAACCCACCGAUCUUUGUCUCCACACCAUUCCAGGCGUCUGUGCUUGAGAGCGCCCCAGUUGGUAGCUCCAUCCUCCACAUUCAGGCCAUUGAUACAGAUUCUGCUGAUAAUGCCCGCUUGGAGUACAGGUUAACUGGCACCAGCUCUGACACCCCAUUCGUCAUCAAUUCUGCAACAGGCUGGGUCACUGUGAGCUCCAUCCUUGACCGAGAAUCUGUCGAGCACUACUUCUUCGGAGUGGAGGCCAGGGAUUAUGGCAUGCCGCCUCUCUCUGCUACAGCGAGUGUCACAAUUACAGUGAUGGAUGUUAACGACAACCGCCCUGAGUUUCUCCAAAAGGAGUACUACUCUCGUCUUAAUGAGGACGCGGCGGUCGGCACCAGCGUAGUGACUGUCACGGCUGUGGAUCGUGAUGUCAACAGUGCAGUGACCUAUCAGAUAACAGGAGGAAACACCAGAAACCGUUUUGCCAUCAGCACAGCAGGAGGGGCGGGACUUCUCUCAUUAGCCCUCCCGUUGGACUACAAACAGGAGCGGCGCUACGUUCUUACAGUCACUGCCUCAGACCGCACACUCCACGACACCUGUCAGGUGCACAUCAACAUCACAGAUGCCAACACACACCGGCCUGUGUUCCAGAGCGCCCACUACUCUGUCAGUGUGAAUGAGGACCGACCACCUGGAAGCACUGUGGUCGUGAUCAGUGCCACAGAUGAUGAUGUCGGUGAAAAUGCUCGAAUCACAUACUUCCUUGAGGACAAUAUCCCACAAUUCCGUAUUGACACUGGCACAGGGGCUAUAACACUCCAGGCAGAGCUCGACUACGAGGACCAGAUGACCUACACUUUGGCCAUAACAGCUAAAGACAACGGCAUACCACAGAAAUCAGACACCACAUAUGUUGAGGUGAAUGUGAAUGAUGUGAACGACAAUGCACCUCAGUUCCUCAGCCCUAGAUAUCAGGGAACCGUGAGCGAAGAUGCCCCCCCCUUCACCAGUGUCCUCCAAAUCUCAGCCACUGACCGAGAUGCACAUGCCAACGGUCGCGUUCAGUACACCUUCCAAAACGGUGAGGACGGGGAUGGAGACUUCACAAUCGAGCCUACAUCUGGUAUCGUCCGAACAGUUCGUCGCUUGGACCGCGAGAGCGUUCCAUUCUACGAGCUCACGGCCUACGCUGUAGAUCGUGGCGUGCCCCCUCAGCGAACCCCAGUCCACAUCCAGGUGACAGUCCUAGAUGUGAACGACAAUGCCCCCGUCUUCCCUGCUGACGACUUUGAGGUUCUUGUGAAGGAAAACAGUGCUGUGGGUUCUGUGGUAGCCCAAAUCACAGCCACUGACCCGGAUGAGGGCGCAAACGCCCAGAUCAUGUACCAAAUCGUGGAGGGGAACAUCCCUGAGAUCUUCCAGAUGGACAUCUUCUCAGGGGAGCUCACUUCACUCAUUGAUCUUGACUACGAAACCCGCAACGAGUAUGUCAUCGUCGUUCAGGCCACGUCAGCACCUCUAGUCAGCAGGGCCACUGUCCGUAUCCGAUUGGUCGACCAGAAUGACAACAGGCCAACUCUCCAGGACUUCCAAAUCAUUUUCAACAACUUCGUGUCCAAUCGCUCCAAUAGCUUCCCCAGCGGGGUGAUAGGGAGAGUACCCGCCCAUGAUCCCGAUGUGUCUGACAGGCUGUACUACACCAUCGACAGAGGGAAUGAGCUUCACCUGCUGCUCCUGAAUCACACCAGCGGAGAGAUCCGACUGAGCCGAAAACUGGAUAACAACAGGCCGCUGGUGGCUCCCAUGCUGAUCACAGUCACAGAUGGCGUCCACAGCAUUUCAGCCCCCUGCGUCCUCCGCGUCCUCAUCAUCACCGAGGACAUGCUGGGCAGCAGCGUCACCGUCCGCUUGCAGAACAUGUCCCAGGAGCACUUCCUGUCACCGCUGCUGGGUAACUUCCUGGAGGGCGUGUCGGCGGUGCUCUCGGUGCCCGUCGAGGACGUUUUCAUCUUCAACAUCCAGCCGGAUCUGGACGCGGCGCCGGGAGGGAUCCUGAACGUCAGCUUCUCUGCCGCGUUGCCGGGCGGCCUCUUCUUCCCCUCCGAGGCCCUGGAGGAGCAGCUGUACCUGAACAGGCUGCGGCUGACCUCGCUGACACAGAUGGAGGUCCUCCCGUUCGACGACAACGUGUGCCUCCGCGAGCCGUGCCAGAACUACAUGAAGUGCAUCUCGGUGCUGCGCUUCAACAGCUCGGCCCCUUUCAUCUCCUCGCCCUCCAUCUUGUUCCGGCCCAUCCACCCCAUCGCAGGCCUGCGCUGCCGCUGCCCGGUGGGCUUCACGGGCGAUUACUGCGAGACGGAGAUCAACCUGUGCUACUCCAACCCCUGCCUGAACGGAGGGGUGUGCGCCCGCAGGGAGGGAGGCUACACCUGCAUCUGCCGUGAGGACUACACAGGUGACCGAUGUGAGUUUGACCGGCGGCAGGGCAGGUGUGUGCCAGGCGUGUGUCGCAAUGGAGGAACGUGUCGGGAGCUUUCAGGCGGAGGUUUCCGGUGCGAGUGUCCUGCCGGAGGCUACGAGCGUCCAUACUGCACCGUCACGGCCCGCUCCUUCCCACCGAAGUCCUUCGUCAUGUUCCGGGGCCUCAGACAGAGGUUCCACUUGUCCAUCUCGUUAACUUUUGCCACCCUGGAGAGCAGUGGACUUCUCUUCUACAAUGGACGCUUCAAUGAGAAACACGACUUCAUCGCCUUGGAGAUCCAAGAAGGACAAGUGGUGCUCAAAUAUUCCACAGGUGAAUCAUCUACUCAGGUGAGUCCCUACCUGCCGGGCGGCGUGAGCGACGGCGACUGGCAUACUGUUCACAUCCACUACUACAACAAGCCAGCUACACGCUAUCCGAGGCGCAGUAUGAGCGGCGAGGCCCAGGGUCCGUCAGAUGAGAAGAUUGCCGUGGUGAGUGUCGACGAUUGCGACACGGCCCUGUCGCUUCGCUUUGGUACGCAGCUCGGAAAUUACAGCUGCGCCGCGCAGGGCAAGCAAACCAGCAGCAAGAAGUCUCUGGACCUGACUGGUCCACUGUUUCUGGGCGGGGUCCCCAAUGUACCCGACAACUUUCCGUUUGGCGCCAGGGAGUUUAUCGGCUGCAUGAAGGAGCUGCACGUCGACAACAAGCCACUGGACUUGGCUGGAUUCAUUGCUAACAAUGGAACGCUACCUGGCUGCAGCGCCAAGCUCACGUUCUGUAAGUCCAACCCCUGUCAGAAUGGAGGAACCUGCAGGGUGAGCUGGGAGACUUUCUCAUGCGAAUGCCCCAUCGGAUACGGAGGGAAGGACUGCAGCCACGCGAUGCCACACCCCCAUCGCUUCCUGGGUAACAGCGCCCUCUGGUGGGACCUGAAGAACGACGUGACCAUCUCCACGCCCUGGUACCUCGGCCUGGUGUUCAGGACCAGAGUGCGAGAGGGGACGUUGCUACAGGCUCAGGCCGGCCAGUACACCAGCCUACUCUUUCAGGUGAUAAAUGGUCAGCUGGUGUUCUCGGUGACCCGUGGCUCGACCAGGCCAGUGCGUUUGCGGUUGGAUCAGGUUCAGGUGGCAGACGGCCGGUGGCACGACCUCCAACUGGAGCUGCGAGACGUUCGCAGUGGCCGCGAGACGCGUUACGUCGCCACGCUACGGCUUGACUUCGGACUCUAUCAGGGAACAGUGAUAGUGGGAAAUGAGAUUCACGGUUUGAAGGUGAAACAUCUGCAUGUGGGAGGAGUGCUGGGCUCUGGAGAGGUUCAGAACGGGAUAAGAGGAUGCAUACAGGGCGUCCGGUUGGGUGUACGGCCCGAUUCCCCUCCCCUGCCCCGCCCAUCGAAAGCUGUCAAAGUAGAGACUGGCUGUAAUGUGGGCAACCCCUGCGUCUCGUCUCCUUGCCCCUCCCACAGCCGCUGCUCUGACCAAUGGGAGCGGCAUGCCUGCGUCUGUGAACCUGGUUACUAUGGGAAAGGCUGCACUGACGCUUGCCAUCUGAAUCCAUGUGAAAACGAGGCUCAGUGCCACAGGAAGCCCAGCUCCUCCCAUGGAUACAUCUGUGACUGUGGAGACAACCACUAUGGGCAGUACUGCCAACACAGGAUUGACCACCAGUGUCCCAGGGGUUGGUGGGGGUCUCCGACCUGUGGACCGUGUCACUGUGACACCGAUAAGGGCUUCGACCCCAACUGCAACAAGACAAGCGGACUCUGUCACUGCAAGGAGUUUCACUACCAUCCGCGGGGCUCUGACACCUGCCUCCCAUGUGACUGCUACCCGGUGGGUUCCUUCUCGCGGUCGUGCGACCCAGAGACAGGCCAGUGUCAGUGCCGGCCCGGCGUGAUUGGUCGCCAGUGCAAUUCAUGUGACAACCCCUUCGCUGAGGUCACAAACUCGGGCUGUGAAGUCAUUUACGAUGGUUGUCCAAAGACCAUCACUCAGGGGAUCUGGUGGCCUCGGACCAAGUUCAACCUGCCCGCUGCAGUGCCCUGCCCCAAAGGCUCUGUCGGUGCAGCCAUCAGACACUGUGAUGUAGAGAGAGGAUGGCUGGAGCCGGAUCUGUACAACUGCACCUCACCUCCAUUUGUUGAGCUCAAUUCUGCUCUCGAUUCCCUGGAGCGUAAUGAGACGGAGCUGAACACCAUCAUGGAGAAGAAACUUGCCCACCAGCUCCGUGACGUCACCGAGGCGACCGCUCGACUCUAUGGCAAUGACUUGCAGAUCGCCGAGCGGCUGCUGUCCCGCCUCCUGACCUUCGAGACGCAGCAGAACGGCUUCGGACUCACCGCUACUCAGGAUGCACAUUUCAACGAGAACGUUGUCCGGGGCUGCAGCGUGCUGUUGGGUCCCAGUACCUCUGGGCUCUGGCGGGCUCUCGCUCAGAGUCAGAACCACAUCCCAGGCGGCGGCCCAGGAGAGCUGACGGAGCUGCUGGAGCAGUACGCCCAGACCCUGGCACAGAACAUGAAGCUCACCUACCUCAACCCUGUGGCGCUGGUUGCCCCAAACUUAGUCAUGAACCUCGACCGCGUGGAGAACCGGACGCAUGUACGGCGGCGUUUCCCACGUUACCACACCACCCUGUUUCGUGGUCAGGCUCUGUGGGAUCCGUACACACAUGUGAUACUUCCUCCUGCCGCCCUGGUGUCGCAGCGACAGCAGCAGCACAACUGGAAGGAGAAGGAGCGGACGGAGAAAGAUCCCUUGGCCCCUCAGAAUGCUUCCCCUGAACCUGUCAGCAUCCCAGCCAAUCAGACGGGAGAAUACACCGCAGCCAGACGCUCUAUUUCGAUGCCCGAGCAGCCCAUCACCAUCGUCAUCAUGCUGAUCUAUCGCAGUCUGGGCGCUGCCCUCCCUCCCAAGUACCACACAGACCGGCGAGGAGUGAGGCUUCCCAGACACCCGGUAAUGAACUCCCCGGUGGUCAGUGUCUCGGUCUACAACAACCAGACGUUUGUCAGAGGACACUUGGACCAGCCCAUCCUGCUUGAAUUCAGGCUGCUGGAGACGGCCAAUCGCAGCAAGCCACUGUGUGUGCAGUGGAACUACAGCAGUCAGUAUGAGAUAGGAGGUUGUUGGACAGUCAGGGACUGUAUGGUCGUGUACAGGAACACCUCUCAUGUCCGCUGUCAGUGCCAGAGACUGGGCACCUUCGGCGUGCUGAUGGACAGCUCACAGAGAGAGCAGCUGGAGGGAGAUCUGGAGACGCUGGCGCUGGUCACAUACACCUCUCUGUGCGUCUCCAUGCUGGCCCUCCUCCUCACCGUCCUGGUGCUCUCCUGCCUCCGAGGCCUCAAGUCCAACACCAGGAGCAUCCAUUCGAACACAGCGGCGGCCAUGUUUUUGUCGGAGCUGGUGUUUCUGCUCGGGGUCAAUCAGACUGAACAACAGUUCCUGUGUACAGUCGUUGCCAUCCUCCUGCAUUACUUCUUCAUGUCCACGUUUGCCUGGAUGUUCGUGGAGGGCCUCCAUAUCUACCGCAUGCAGACGGAGCAGCGCAACAUCAACUUCGGUGCCAUGAGGUUCUACUACGCCAUCGGCUGGGGCGUGCCCGCCAUUAUCACAGGCCUGGCGGUGGGCUUGGACCCAGAGGGAUACGGGAACCCAGACUUCUGUUGGAUCUCCAUUUAUGACAAACUCAUCUGGAGCUUUGCUGGUCCUAUAGCCAUCGUCAUACUGAUGAACGGAGGGAUUUUCAUGAUCGUAGCCAAGAUGUCGUGCAAUCCAUCACAGAAGGAGACCAAGAAGCUCCCUGUCAUCGCCACUAUUCGUAACGCCUUCCUGCUGCUGCUGGUCGCCACCGCCACCUGGCUGUGUGGUCUGAUGGCUGUGAACAACAGCAUCCUGGCUAUCUACUAUAUCUUCAAUGUCCUCUGCCUAGUGCAGGGUCUGUCAGUGAUGCUGGUCUUCACUGUGUUCAACUCAGAGGUUAAGGAGGCCUGGAGUGUUGCCUGUUUGGGUAAGAAGAGCCCCGGAGAAGACCCACCAAGACCGCCACAGAACACCGCUCAAAACCCGUAUCACAACGCAUCUCUGUUGGAGCAGAGCGGGCUGCACCGCAUCACCCUGGGUACCUCAACCAUCUCCUCCGUCAGCUCCGCCAGAGAAAAUCUUUUGGCUCGUCAGACUCUGGAACAAAACAUCGUCCACACCGGAGCCACAGACCUGGAUGUAGCCAUGUUCCACAGAGAUGGAGGUGAGGACUCGGACUCGGACUCAGACCUCUCCAUGGAGGAGGAGCGCAGUCUCUCCAUCCCUUCCUCCGAGAGCGAGGACAAUGUCCGUCUCCGUGGGCGAAUACAGCGACGAUUCAAACGCUCCAAUCACGGCGAGCGUCUGCUCACCGAGCCCGCCCACAAUGGCACCAAAGAUCUAGAUGGUAAUGACCUUCUGUCCUACUGGCCAGCUUUGGAGGAGUGUGAGACACACACCCUUCAGAAGUGGGGCUCAGAGCGCCCCCUGGGGGCAGAUUACAGCAAGGAUGCUGCCAAUAACAACCAGCCUGACGCAGCGCUGACCAGUGGGGACGAGAACGGCCUCACCCAACCACACAGACACCGCAAGGGUAUCCUGAAGAAUCGUCUCGGCUGUCCCCCAGCACUCCAGGGUCUUUCCACCAUGGGCCGAGUCCCCAGUGAGCUCAACUGGUACCGAACCUCUACUUUGGGCCACCGUGGCGUUCCUGCUGCCUCCUAUGGUCGCAUGUACUCAGCGACGGCUGGCGCCAGUGGAGGCUCUGGUUCUCUCUCCCAGCCAGCCUCCCGCUACUCCUCCAGGGAGCACCUGGACUCACUGGCCCGAAGGCAGCUGUCCAGAGAUCCUCUAGGAAGGCAGACGAUUGGGGGGUCAAGAGAUCGGCUGGACUCGCGUGGUUCUAGGGACAACCUGGAUCUCCUACCGAGAAGGAGAGAGCUGGGGCUGGGGCAGGGAGCGGGGCUCGGGGGCCUGGGGCUGGAUCACCAGCGAGUCUCAUCAUCCAGAGAGAACUUGACAGGAUCUAGGGACAGACUGGACAACCACCAUCACACAGGUAGCGUCCACGCCUCAAGGGAGGACUUGAGCGGCGGUGCAGGAAUGGAGGGAUACCUCAGCGGAUCGAGGUCGCAGCUGAACACACUAACCCGGCGGCAGGCCUCGUCGCGGGAGCACCUCGGGGGGGCAAUAAUGAGCAGCAGGUCGAGAGAACAGCUGGAGACAAACGGAGUGGGAGCCCAGGCACAGCCGUGUCGGGAGUGGCUCCGCACUCUGCCUCCCCGCCAGCCCUCCCACCCCGACCAGCCUCCCUCCUCCUCCCCUCCUCCCCCCAUCUCCGAGGAGCCUCAGCAAGAGCAGCUCCCUCAUUCUGCUCAUGGCAGAGGACGACUGGACUCUGCACCUCCAUGUAGGUACCCCGGUCAGACUGUCCCCCAGGUCCCAGGUUUAAAUCCAAACCCCAUGGGGCGACCGCCAUCCAGCGAACACCUGGAUAUACUGUCCUCCAUCCUGGCGUCCUUCAAUUCCUCUGUCCUCACUCCUCCGCCCGCUGCCUCUAACCCUGGGCCUAAUGGCUCUGCCCAUGGACCCUCCCCCUCCCCACCUAGGUCCGCCACCUCCCACAGCAUAUCUGAAGUCUCCCCCGACUCCGAAGCCAACAGAAGUGAAGGACAGUCUUGAUGACAGCCCUCAUAUCCCUUUAUGCAUUGCGGCAGUGCUUGGAGGACCAGGGACAAAUUCAGAGAUAAUGGACAGUGAAACACUGGGACAUCAGAGGACUGGAAACAAACUUGAAACAGAGGAGACAGAGAGCUGGAAAGUAAGAUGGAAGAGCGUCCACCGAGGAUAAAAAAGGAUGUCUGUGGGCAGUUUUUACUGUAUAAAUGAAGUCCCACCGCCUGCUACGAUCUGUGACGUUUCUCUGGACGAUGAGUCAACCACCUCUACUACCUAAAAACUGUUGAAGACACAAACUCCUCAGAUUUCCAACGCAAAAGUCAUCUUGGUCAAGACAAGAUCCGUCUGAAAAAACAAAAAAGAAAUGACUGUAAAUAACAUUUUUUAUACAUUUUGUAUCUUUUUCAUUGGAGAUGAAGAAGAAAUCUCUUGUGAUGUUUUCUUUCUUUCUUUUUUUUUUUAAACGGUUGUGUCUGUGUGAGGUUGUGAGUGAGGUCGGUGCGAGUGCAGUCUCGUCUGUUGCCGAGAGAGAAGUUUUCCCCCUACGAAGGAAAAAAAAAGAAACAAUCCCCUAAAAUUUCUCCCCAAAAACAGUUUUUCCUCAGAAACUUUUCCUCAACACCCAUCAACUUUGUGUAUAGCGACAGGGGUCCGGCAAUAGUAUCUGAUGAGAUUAUGGAAGAACCGUGAGAUGCGGUUGAAGGGGAAAAUAUCAAAGGAGCGAGAAAAAGUGAUUGUAAAUAGAGGAAGGGAUUAUUAUAAGAGAAUAGAUUUGAUGGAACGAGAUGAUUGUGCAGAGAAAGAUGGCCGACAUUAAGCUAAAACGCCACGUUAAGCUCUGUCAGGAGAUUGUGCUGUUUUUUUUUUUUGUGAUCCACUCGUGUAUGAAUGUGACCUGUCAUCAGUCUGUGUAUCUCUGUGCCUGGUGCUGUCUGAAGCAGACCAUAUCAGUCGAUUUGAUAUUACAAGACCGUAUCUGUAGUGCUCUGGUGGGUGAAGGGAGGUGUCUGUCUGCCUCUCUGUGUGAGGCAGUAUCCUGUUACAACCACUUAAAAAACCCCUCAAGGUAUCUUGCACUUGGUGCAAAAUGACUCAACCUGCCUCAAGAGAUGCCACCGGAGCAGCCGAAUCUGUCCGACAGCAUCAAGGAGACUCAUUUAUCUAAGCUUCUGAUGCAGAAGUUCUGUGCAAAAUCCAAGCCAAAGGGACAGCUGCUUCAAAUCAGUGUGAUACGGCGACACUAAUUCAGUUUUCUGUGAUGAAAAUGAUGCUAUAGAUGUGAUUUACAGUUUUGUUUUAAUUGUGAUUUUUUUUUUUAAGAUUUCCUUUUAAAUAACUGUGCCAUGGAUAAGAAGGGAUCCCCUAAUUCCACGCUGCAACAUAACACUGCGCUUGGUGUUUUGUUUGGCUGUAUAAGCAAGUGGAUUUCGAUUUGACAUGUUGGAGGAGAGUGGAUCAGAGGGGUUUGGCAUUGUGAGUCACGUCUCAGUGCGCUCAGAUAUUUGUUAGGAGACCUGAAAGCAGAUCCAGCAGUACAUACCCCAGCGUCUCAUCUGCCCGAGUAUAUUCCAGCACGUGAAUCCCAAGGCAGACGUUUUCACUUGGUUGGCUGAACACAGAAAUCACUUCAGUAAAUUCACAGAAAAGAGGCACUGGAUCUUAAUGUGGCGACUAAUGAAGAGGGUUCGCACCACAACACGUUAAAAACAGGGUUGUUCUCAUAGCUCUGCCCCCCCCGUUCAAACACAAUUUCUCUUUAAAAAGACACGCCACGCAACUUCUGCGGCAGUGUGCCAUUUCGCUGAGGAUGUCAGUUGUGUCAGCACUAAAAGCCUCUAAGUGGUUUUGGAGAUGCAGGUCUUUCCAUCAGCGGCUGCUCCGUUCUCACAGCUGCUGGAGCGAACUCCGAGUUCAGGCCUUAAGGUAACACACAGCGGAGACAGACAGGCAGUCAGCACCGGCCUUCAGUGGGAUUAAAGGAUCGCAGCCAACAUAAAUGUUUGGGGGGUAUUUUUUGGUAAUGAAAAAGGUGCAGCAGGUUCUAAAACCUGAAGGCAAACACAGAAUUUCUGCUUCUGUUGAAUGUGUUUUCUGCGUAUCCUCGGGCAGAGAGCAUCGUGAAAAUGCUUAAUAACACAGGAAACAGCGAGACAGGAAGUGAAUAAAAUCAAGAAGCUAAAAUAGUGCACAAUGAGCUCAAGAAUAAAUCAUGAGGUAGAGAUGCAAACAAGGCUGGGAGGAGAACAAAUUGGGUCAGAAACUAUGACUGUGCAAAAUGUUACUGCCGGGAGGAGGCGAGGACGUAACUCUUCGCAGAGGGAGAAAAAAAAAAACAGAAGAACAGAUGGAAAUACAGAAAUAGAAAUGCAGAUAGUGGAAAUAAACACACAUCUCACUCAUGAGAUCAUUUCCAGCACCCCUGGGAUCUGUGAAGUGAACCUAUCUGUGACAGUAGUAUUGCUAAAAAAAAAGAAAAAAAAAAGAGAGAGAAAGAAAAAGGCUCCUGCAAGCUAACACUACCCCCCAGUCAGUUAAAGGGACAGCACGCCUAAAAAAGUCUGACUCUGAUUCCUUCCUUCGACUCAGUGUAUUAUUUUCUUCCCCACAGAUCCGUGUGUUAUCAUCCACUGACAGUACCUUUAACUUGUACAGACAUGAGAUUUUAUUUAUUUAUUUACUGAUAUUUUAUCACCACUGUUGAUUUUGUUGCCAUUUUUUGUAUGAGAGGCCGUUGUUGUUUUUUUUCGUCCAGAUGUUCCUUUUUUUCCACAUGUAGUGUUUCAUAUGAUCCGAGUCUCUCACACCUCAACCGAUUCACAGAUGGAGGACAAGAAACGAGUCGAAUGUGAAGAUAAAAAAGGUCUCUAUUUACACCUGGGGUUACAGUCAGAGCUUUUCAGCAGUUAAAGUGGUUUCUUUAACCAAUCGUGGAGGGAAAACGUGACCUAAAAUUAAUUCCUAAAGAGGUACAUUUGUGCUCUCUUGACAGAAUGUCAACAUAUCCAUACUUAAAAGUUGAAUGCUGGGUGUAAAUAGAGCAGUUAUGUCCCAAAUCACACCUUUUCUCCUCCCUGUUCACUGUUAGGGUUAGAUCCAGGCUUCACAAGCACAAAAUCUGAUUAUUAACUGGUUUUGUAUCUGCUUUUACACACGACAGCCAGCACAGAUAUCCAGCUUCAGGUUAAUCUGGCUCGUACCAAUGAGAGCCACACAGUGAGGGGAGACGAAAACGUUGUGAUGUGCUCUGAGAAAAGAGGAAGUGACAGAAGGAAAGAAACGGAGUGCGAGAUAGUGACGGAGAGGAGGAGGAGGAGGGAUAGGAGAUUGUCUUUGUUAGAUUUGUGUGUUCAUUAUGGGAUGCCUUCUAUCCCGCCGUCGGUAAGGGGACGGCGGCAUGGAAACAGCUGUUCCUCUGUUACCGCGGAAACAAGAGAAAUGUUGGACAUUAAAAAAAUGACUUAUUCCUACA